AUGGCGCAGAUCAUUGAGACGACCUUCACGAUAGAAGAAGAAAAUAACCAGAGGAAAGAUCCUACCCCAGCACCUAACUUAACGCAUCAGUGGAGAUGUCAGGUUGACGCGUCAUGGGUGGAGGCAAGCGAUGGAAUAGGAAUGGGCUUUGUCUUGUUUGAACAGGAAGUGGAGGUGUUAAGAGGAUGGUGCAAAGGACCACAAACAGAGACACCACUACACGCAGAGGCCGAGAGCUUAUAUUGGGCGAUGAAAGAAGUCAACAAACGAGGAUGCCUGCGCAUAAACUUUGAAUCUGAUUGUCAACAGCUCGUGCACAUAAUACAACGGAAGAAACACUGGCCUGCUCUAGAACCGGUUCUGGACGAAAUUAAAGCUAUGAAUGCUCUCUUUAAAGACUUAUCUCUUAUGUUUAUCUCUCGCUCAGCAAAUUUCCGUGCGGAUACUCUUGCCAAGGAGGCCCGAGCACGCGAGCAAUGCUUCAGCUUUUAUGAAGUAAAGGAUCCGAUUAGGCUAGCUAUAUAG